UUUAAUACUUGCUACAAUCAUGUUUAAUUCAUCAUCACUAGUCACGUCUAAUUCCAUGAUGGUUCACUGUGAUGAGAAGGAUGAGAGCAUAUUGCUCAAGUUUAAACAUGAAGUCACAGAUCCCUCUGAUGUACUCUCAUCUUGGUCUUCUGAUGAAGAAAAAGAUUGUUGUCAAUGGAGAGGAGUUCAUUGUGAUAACAUCACACACAGAGUUACAAAGCUUCAUCUCCCUUGUGAUACAAUCCAAUCUGAUGAAAUUCUUGAUCAAGAUAAUGAGAAACAGCACUGUCUAACAGGACAAAUUCCUCAGUCCAUGUCUGGUAUGUCUUUUCUUGAAGUCUUGAAUCUCUCAUGCAACAAUUUUGAAGGCAAAAUCCCAUUGGGAACACAACUUGAGGGUUUCACAAACCUUAGUUAUGCUGGAAAUCCAAAACUUUGUGGACCUCCACUCACAAAACUUUGCCCACAAGAUGAGAAACUACCAAACGAAAAACAGAAGAGAGAAGAUGAUGAUGAUGAUAGCUCUGAAGUUUGUUCAUGGUUUUUUAUGGGGUUGGGAAUUGGAUUUGCCACAAGCAUUUGGGGAGUAUUGGGUGCUAUUCUUUUCAACAGAAAAUUCAGACAUGGUUAUUUCAGAUUUCUAAAUAUAUUCUAUGACAUUCUGAUCCGCAAGCUCAAACCCAUUUCCUGAAUUAUCAUAAGCUUCCAUAGUCCUUAUUGGAGUGAAUAUUGCUUUGGCUAAGCUAUUUGAUCAUCACCAAGAAGCUCCACGGGUUGCAUACAUGAUACAUGUGAAUUACUUUGAUUAGAUGUAAUUGCACUUUUUUAUUUUUUAUUUUUUACAAGUUCUGUAAAAUAUGUUUGAAGAUGUGUGCUUUGUUACAUGACUGGGAACAUGCCAUGUUAUUUAUUACCCCUUGCCUUAAAGUUUUUUUGUGGAAGAUAUGGUCAUAUGGCUCUCAUACUUUCAUAGUUUUGAUCCGAAUUAUCAAGAAUCUUCAUCAACUCCUUUAGUUCUUCCUCCUCCACCAUCAUUCCACCCUCCUACUGCAUAUUUUGCAAAUCAUUUAAUUGCCUCAUCAGAAUAUAAUGGAAAUGAACAAAUCAUCUAAGGACACCAAGGAGAUUCUUCUUCAAGGAACUGCUAGGCAUGGUGUUUAUCAAUUUCAUAGAGUUGCUGUGCUGCGUUCUACUUGUGAUAGUGCUGCUAAGAAUGUUUCUUUUUCUGUGAAUAAACCCCCUAAAGCCUUCACAGCACAAAUUAAUUCUUAUGCUUUAUAGCAUGAUAGGCUUUGCCAUUGUGCCACUAAUACUGUAAUCAAUGUAAUGAGACAAUGUAACUUGAUAAUGCCAUCUAAAAUUUCAA